ACAACAUGAACCUUGUAAGUAAUGGAUUGUCAGUGCAGUGUUACUUGAUGCCAAAGAUGAUGGGGAAAGUGAGAAGAAGAGUUCAGGAGAUGAGAAACCCAAACACUAUGUUGUCUUCAGUAGAUAUGAGUUACAACGAGAUCACACGACUGGCUAUGGAUGCUCUCUUGGAUAGAGGGAAUGAUGGAUCCAAGGAAGUGCUGAACAAAGAGAAUGAAGCAAACUUUCUGUCAGCAGAGGAGAAAACAUACAUCUUAAACAACAUUAAAACGCCUCUCAGUGACAAUGAAGAGACAGACAGGGAUGAAGAGAUGUCCGGUUCUGCAACAGUUUCUUCUGAGACAUACUUUCCUGCGGUCACAGAGAGUGAGCCUCCAGUUCUUGACUACGGCUGGCCGGUGGCUGACUGGAGUUACCAUCUGCAAGGAAUUCCCAGUGUGGAAGUGUUCUUCCACUCAAUGAAAUCAUUUUCCAUGAAAGACAUGCUUCGGGAACUCAUCAGGCAAGCAACUAAAGUUUUGGCUAUAGUUAUGGACACAUUCAGCGAUGUGGAGAUUUUCUGUGACACACUGGAGGCGAUAAGAAAACACAAUGUGUCCAUCUAUCUCCUUCUGGAAUACACCAAUUUACAGCUGUUUCAGGACAUAAUGUCCAUUCGUAGUGUUCAAGGGGAAACAUACUGUGCCAAAUUGGGCAGAGAGUUCACUGGACAGAUGAAAGAGAAAUUCAUCAUUGUGGACUGCACAAAAGUGCUGGUCGGCUCAUACAGUCUCACGUGGCUGUCCUGGCAGGUUCACAGAAGCUUGGCCGUGCUCUUUAAAGGCAGCGGGGUUAAACCUUUCGACCUGGAGUUUCGCAGACUCUACACAAUUUCUGAACCUAUCCCAGGAUUUACCUGCCACACAUCAGAUCCUGGGGAUCUCUGCCUAGCUUUGAGAAAUUCCACGUCCCAAUGCGCCCGGGAGGAAUCACUCCUGACCAAUUACAACAGAAACCUCGUAAACCCAGGAACUGGAGUUUCCCGACAGCUCCUGUCCUGGUCAGACAAACUAGCUAUCCAAACAUCACCACUGGACCGCAAAGACCUCAGUGGCUUCCACAGAGAAAAACGAUCCAUCACCCCAUUGCUUAUCAGCCCCCACUUUUCAAAGAUUAUAAUACGAUGAUGUGAUUGCCAACACAUGGCAAUCACAUCAACAGUGGUGUUCCUGCAACGUCCCACUGGUGCUAGAUUAGGUUAUUUUAAUGCUUUAGUUGGUAGAUUGUAAGAUGUAGAAACUUUAUUUUAGUCAUGAAAAUAAAGAA